GAUCAUACGACGAACAUUUGAUCAUAGAUUUUUUAUCAAAAAAAUAGAGAUCUCUCUCUUUAAAUACAUGCCAUAAAUUGUUACAGUGACUUUAUCUAUUUGUUAUCGUGAAUAUUUGCUCUUAUAUAUUGCUCAUGUUUACUAAUCAGUUUAAAAGAACGUUCUUUACGUAUUCUUAACAGUUCUUAGUAAAUUCACAAAGGACAUAAUGGCAUCAACUCGAUUAGAGAAGAUUAUAAAUAACUACAAAUUAUUAGCGAAAAAUUCUGUACUGAAUUCAGCCAAAAUUAUUGGUAUUACAAAUGAUAAUAUCUUUAUACAAAGUACAUGGACUCAAAGAAAUCUAGAAAGACGAACAAAUCAACGUUUUAUACAAAAUCAUAUCCUAAAUGAAAAACUUCAACCUAUAUCGCAAAGUUUUCCUAUUGAUAUUACAGGAGAACUUGCAUCAGCCACUACAAAAGAUGAACAAUUUAAAGCUGUAUUAAGAACUAGUACCAUUGAUAAUACUCCAAAGCAGUUCAUUGAAAUUUGGACCAAAGAACGACUUAUUAAAAAUUAUGAUUUAACGGCUUUAGAUGUACAUGGUGAAGUUUAUACAGAUUCUGAAUUUGGUACUUUCGAAUGGUCUCCAGAUAAAACCAAAGUGCUAUAUAUCGCAGAGAAAAAGAUACCAAAAUCUGAAGCAUUCUAUAAACAAAAGUCUCUGGAUAAGAAAGAUAAAGAAAAAAAAGAAGAAGAUGGAAUAGUACCUGGUAAUGAGUAUAUUUAUAAGCCUCAUUGGGGUGAGCAAUUAGUAGGUAAACAUCGUCCUACUGCUGUAAUACUUGACAUAACGACAGAUGAAAUUACUACAUUAUCAGAAAUACCAGAGAAAUUGUCUCCUGGACAAUUGCAUUGGAUGAAGGAUUCAAAAUCUAUAAUCGGUGUAGUUUGGAAACAUGAACCAAGACGUUUAGGGCUUGUUGCAUGCACAAAUAGACGUUCUUGGAUUUUUAUUAUAUAUAAUGGAAAUUUUCAUCUACUAUCUAGAGAUGGGUGUGCAGUGCGAUCACCUAGAAUUAGCCCGGAUGGGAAACAUCUUGUUUGGUUAGAAAGAAAUGCUGGUGGACCACAUCACAAUGUUCAUAAGCUUAUGUAUCUUGAUCUUGAAUUUACUGAAAGAAAAUCUGAUAUACUUGUUAAUAAUGUUGAUACCAGUAUAAUUAUUAAUAAUGGAAAAGUAUUUUAUGGUAUAUAUGGUCGAUUACCACAACGUUGUUGGAGUGAAGACUGUCAAUAUUUGUUCUUGAGUACACCUCAGCAAACUAACAUACGCUCUUAUAUAAUUGAUAUCAAAAAUAAAACUAUGACUGAGAUACAAAAUGAUGAAAGUUCUCUCAGCAUCUUAGAUGUAAAAAAUGAUAUAAUUGCAUUUUCACAAACGUCUCUUUUAACACCACCAAGUCUUUGUGUAGGAUAUUUGAAUCCUAUAACGAUAAAUGAUGGAAUUAUUGUUAGAGUCAAUGUCACUACAAUGCUAAAAAUUGAUGGUUUUGAAUCACUUAUGUACGAACAUGUAUUUUAUGAAUAUGAUAAUAAUGAAGAUGUCAAAUCAUUUAAUUUUACAUAUUUUGGACCAAAAGGUGGAAUUGAUGAAUCAACACCGUUAGUAGUAGCACCACAUGGAGGUCCACAUUCUAAUUUUACUAAUUCUUUCUCCUUCGAUUAUUCUUUGUUUGCACUGAUAGGUCUGGCAGUGUUACAAGUUAAUUAUCGUGGUUCUACUGGAAUGGGUUCCAAAAAUGUAGAAUAUCUUCAAGGAAAAGUUGGCAAUGUAGAUGCAAAAGAUUGUGUGACUGCUACUAAAGAAGCUUUACGUAAAUACCCAUGGCUUAGUUCUUCACAUGUAGGACUUUGUGGAGGUUCUCAUGGUGGAUUUUUAGUAGCACAUUUAAGUGCUCAGUAUGCAGACCUAUAUAAAGUUGUUGUCGCAAGAAAUCCGGUAAUUGAUAUUGCUGCUAUGUUCACCAUUUCGGAUAUUCCAGAUUGUCGCAAUACUUUAUCUGUGGAAGAGAAACUUGCAUAUCACCAUAAUGUGUGCGCAGCUGUAAUAAAUGUGCCUUAUGAUGCAACUGAAUCAUACAGCGCAACAAAGUUAGGAUGCAUUGAAAUGUUUAUAAAAAUGUUUAGUUGUUCACCUAUUGUUCAUGUCGAUAAAGUUAAAGCUCCUACUCUCAUAUGUAUUGGCACAAAUGAUCUGCGAGUUCCACCGUCGCAAGGAAAGCUCUGGUAUCACCGUCUUAAAGCUAAUAACGUCAAGACUAAAAUGCUUGUAUAUGAAGACAAUCAUCAGUUGGGAUCAGGUAAUGCCGAAAUGGAUUCUCUUAUCAAUGUUUGCUUAUGGAUGAUCGAACACAACAGUAUCGAAAAGGAUGAUGAUGACGACCCUAAGAAAUUAUAAAAAAAAAAAAAGAAAAAAUAAAAA